AUGAGCACAACGGAUGAUAAAUCUGAUAAAAAAGUACAAGAUUAUAAAAAACGUAUCCGAGAAAUUGAAGAAGAAAAUGAACAUAUCACUGUUCAAUUAGCUAAAGCACGUCAUCAUAUAAAACGGCUACGUAUCGAAAGAAUCGUUCUAUUGGAUGAAAUUGAUGAUUUACGAAGAGGAGGUGGACGUUCUAAUGGCGUUGGCAGUCAUAUCAAAAAAUCAAAUGGUAUUCAUAGCGGUAUAGGCGGUGCAGGCGAUGAAAGUGACUCUGAAAUGUCUGUUUCCGAGUCUGUGAUGUCCGAGAGUAGAGGACCCAGUGGCAAAAAAGGCCGUGGUGCAGGAGUUGGAGGUAGUGGUGGCACUGUGGCUACUGCAAGCGGCACAUCUACUUCAACAGCACAACGCAAAAAAAGAGACCCCAACGCACCCAAAGGUCCUGGUAAUGUAUUCUUCCUUUAUUGUCGUAUGGAACGUGACAGUAUCAAAGACGAAGUUCCCAAUGAAAGUUUGGGUGAAGUUACUCGCUUAUUGGGUCAGAAAUGGAAAGCAUUGACAAAAGAACAAAAGCAGAAAUAUUACGAUCUAUACAGAAAAGAAAUGGAAGAAUACGAAACAGCCAUGAAGAGUUACACAGCAGCUGGUGGAGGAGCAGAAGGCGCCGCUGCAGUGGCCGCUGCAGCCGCUGCCCAACAACAAGAAGAAGAAAAGUUAAAGCAAGAGAUCAAGAGCAAGCAUCAUGACGGCGAGGGAGAGGAGGCUGAAGAAGACGCUGAAGAAGAGGAAGAAGAAGAAAUAGAUAUGCUUCAAGAUGAAGACGACGAAGAAAUGGGCCAUUCUGAUGAAGACUUGGCAGCAGUUCUGGCGGAUGAAGAAACGGGUUCUAUCAGUCCUAACGCGAUAUCUACCACAGCAACACAGUCCAACAAUGAUAAAGCGACUCAUUCAUCUACGACACCAAAUCCUAUCUCCAAGACACCCGGCACUAACUCUACUACUAGCACAUCCACUACAACAACUUUUACACCAACCACCUCCAGGCAAUAA